GGAUAACCUGAUCCAAGAUGGCCUUGUGGAGUGAGAUUAGUAAGAUGCCUCCCGAGCAGUUCAAUGUCUGCAGUGAUAAAUUUCCUCAUAACCUGCGUUGCAUCCUCGGGGGCUGGCUGGAGAACAACCCUUGGGAAUUCAUCACAGAGUCCGAUUCUUUUUGUGCCUUCAUGGCCAACAGCCUUCUUUCUGCCAUGGUGGAGACACUGCAAGACUUGGCCAAUAAAAACCACCAAUCCAGCUUAAUUCUUCAGCUCAUGGCUAACUUGGAGAAUACUUAUCGGAGAGAUCCGUUGCAGUUGGCAAGGACUGUGAAACAGAUUCUAGAAGCGGAGCAAGUCGCUGUUCAGAACAAGUUACAGUGCCUGCCCCUCAGCUUCCGCCGCCAACAGGAGGAACUGAAGUUUGAAUUUGAUCUGAAGAGGCUACAGUACAAGCUGCAAGAGAUCCAGGCGCUCCAUGGGGACCUGAGGGGCAGCUCAAGAGUGGGAUUUCAGGGACUUGAUCAAGGAUGCGCCAGUGCUCUGGUUCAAGUGAAGCACCAGUGGGCAUCAGAUAUUGUCAAGUAUCCUCGGAAACUGCAAACAUUCAGUCGGACUCAUGGGGAGCAGUUGGAACCUCCUUGUGUGAGAGGUUUAGGCUAUAAAAGCCGAACUUGGGGUUUCGGCUGUAGAGGUCUGUCAGAAACAACCCCGUUGAAGCGAAAGGCCCGAAGUGAUAAAAGACUCUGCUUUAAACUAACUGGCCAUCAAAACGUCCAGAAGCUUCUGGUGUUGGUAAUUCUCUCUGCUGUUUCUGUUUCCUUCUCCUUUCCUCCACUUCCACUCCAGAUUCUUUCUCUGCCCAUUGUGGUGAUUGUUCAUGGCAACCAAGACAACAAUGCCAAGGCCACCAUCUUGUGGGACAAUGCCUUCGCUACAAAAGAUCGGAUCCCCUUUGUGGUCACGGAGCGCGUCCCCUGGGGGAGUAUGUGCGAGGCUCUCAACCAGAAGUUCAUGGCUGAAGUGCAGACCCCCAAAGGCCUCUGCGUUAAGCACAACUUCUUUUUGGCCCAGAAGAUCUUCAAUGACUACAACUCUAGUUACGAGGACUUCCAGAGUCGCUGCGUUUCUUGGUCUCAGUUCAAUAAGGAAAUCCUUCCUGGCAGGGGAUUUACCUUCUGGCAGUGGUUUGAAGGCGUCCUUGACCUCACCAAGAAGUAUCUGAGGGACUACUGGUCUGAUAAUCUCAUCAUGGGCUUUGCCAGCAGACAGUAUGUUUCCAGUUGCUUGAGCAGUGCCCCAACAGGUUCUUUCCUGCUCCGCUUCAGUGACUCCUUGAUUGGUGGCAUCAGCAUCGCUUAUGUCAGCUACUUGCCGAAUGGUUCCCCUCAAGUAGAGAACGUUGAGCCAUUCACAGCAACAAGGUUGUCCAUUCAUUCCCUCGCUGACUGUGUUCGGGAUCUGCAGGAGCUUCAGAUGCUGUAUCCCAAUAGGCCUAAAGAAGAUGCAUUCCGGAAGUAUUUUAAUGAAGAGCUACCAAAAAAGAAAAAUAAGGAGUACAUCCCAACCCUGAUGAAGAUAACUGUGGGCAUACCUUCAAACCCAGCUCCACUGCAACCAAACUUCUACGGCUCCAUGCCCAAUAUUAACGGGAGCCCUGGAAUCCCUACUCCUAUUUACUCUGAACCUUCAGACCUUCCACUGCAACCAAACUUAUCCAGCUCCAUGUCCUUCAGUGGGAGCUCUGGAAUCCCUACUCCUGCUCAUUGCUCUGACCCCUCAUCCAUGAUGCCUUCGCAAGUGAUGAGCCACGUGAACAUGUCCUCCUUGAACACAAGAUAUGACAGCCCAGUUAUGCAAGUUUCACCUCAUAGUUCCAAUACCGAAUGGGUUCCUCAAGAAAAUGCUUCACCUCUUGGCCCAUUGGAUUUACACCUCUUCCCUCAGGAGUCAGCAAUGGAUAUCGGCAUUCCUGACAGAAUUUUCCACGGAGACAUAGAUUGUCCCAUGCAGCUGGAGCAAAUAACCCCUGAGAACUUGUUUGCUCCCUCCAACUAUGAGCUGGACCAAUUGCUACACCCUGAGCAACAUCUCCUUCACUAUUCUCACAGUCCUGGACCUUCCCUGACCAACCUCUGCUCAUAAUCCUUGCAUCUAGUACUUUGGAAGGACUUCUAUAGAUGUGACCGACAGGUGCUUUUGUCGAUUUUCAUCAAGCCAAGGGAGAAGAACGCACUUUCUACCGGAGCAUCAGCCUCAAUGUUGUGGAGAACACCGGGCUUGUGUUUUGCUCAGUGUCUCCUUUACUGCUUGGCACUAUCCUUUGAGGGGGGUUUGUGUCCUUGGGCGCUUUGUGCUUUUGCCAGUGCUCCUCUUGAGAAGUAGGGGUGUGGCGUACAGUAGGUUUUGGACUAUGAAAUGUUGGAGGGAAUUUUUAUCCUUCACCCGCAGCCUACUUUCCUCAUGAUCUGCAGACUGACUCAUCUUCCACCUUAUAGAAUGUUUAGACAGGCUACUGCCCUUGUGAGUGUUGGAAGGGAAGGGCUUUACACUGUCUCUUAACCUCAACUUCAGAGAGGGGGAUUUGACCAGAGAGACUGAGAGAUAGAGCGGUCAAGACGUUGGGCAUCCUCACUGUACUGCCCUGACACUAUACCUUCGAUGUGUAGAUUGCUUACCCUCAGGGAAACCUCCUUUUGCUUUUUGCACCUUCUCUCCACACCACUUCUCCAUGAGGGCAGGAUGAAAGUCGUUAUCACUCUCCAUCCUAGUUAGGCAGACUUGAUUAGGGAGCUAUAUUUACUCUAUCCUAUUCAGAAAGUGAGUUUCUACAAUAAAUGAAGUAUAUGAGCUUGAAUACAUAAAAAGUCUUUCAGCAAUUUUUGUUCCUAAGACACACAGAGAUUAGAUGGGCCUUGCUCCACGCAAUAGCCUUUCCGCACGCUGCGAAAGAUCCGGAAUCUAACAGGCUGAGGGGCCCAGAUUCUGAAUCCAACAGAUAUAAAUUGUAUGGAAUAAAAUAAGCACUAGUGUUUUGGUAUAUCCCCAUUUAAAAGGUAGAUACGGCGCCAUAUCCAAAACUGGUGUUGCCAGGUCUGGCCCCUAAAAAAGGAGAAACCUAAGAGGCACCAUUUCCCUGCCCAGAAUUGAGAUUCCACAAGAGCCACAUGCCUUCAUUUUGCACUCCUUCCUUAUCUGCUGGAUCCAGACCCUCCAUCAAAUCAUAUGCUGGAAUGAGGCAAUACUUUUGUGAAUGUUUGAUUAUAAACCCACGAUGGGAUGACUCAGACACUGUGAUGAAUGACAGGAAGAAUGGCAGAGGGGCAGGAUCUGAUAGACUUAAUGGAGAAAGAGACUUGGACGAUGCUAAAACCAGGAAGUCAAUGUGAAGUGGGGAUUAGGGUUGCCAGGUCCCCCUUCCCCAGCCAUUGGUGUGGGAUGGGGUGGAGAUAAGGUUGCCAGAUCCAGGUUAGGAAACCUCAGGAGAUUUGGGAUGGAACCUAAAGAGAACAGGGACCUCA